GUAAGAAUGAAAUAAAGAAAUGGAUAAUGAUUAUAAUGAACUUAGAUCAGACCUAAAUAACCUACUAUCUUGCCUAAAGUGCCAUGAAAACUCAAAUGAUGAUGUUAUUCUUGAAACGUUGAAGACUUUGACAGCUAUUUGCAGCAAUAACGAUGUGGCAAAGGGAUGUUUUAGGGAACUUGAUGGAAUAAGUUUUAUUGUGACACUUUUGAGCUCAACAAGUAAUUUGGCUGUCACAGAAUUUUGCCUUCAUUCAUUGGCAUGUGUUGCAGACAACAAUGUACAUAAUCAGCGAGACUUAACUUCACCAGCCAUGUUUGAAGUCCUUCAUUUGGUCUUGUCUCAAAAAAAUAUUUCCAGUACCCGUAUUAACUUACUGAAAAGUGCUGCUUUCUUAUUGAUGAUUCUUGUGGCACAAAACAGCUCAGGACAAAAACUUUUGACAGAAAAAGGUUGUCUUCAUGAUCUUAUUUAUCUUUAUCAAUCAACUUACCCAUUACUGGUGGUAGAGAUAAAAAGGCAUGAAAUCCAAAGUUUCCCAUCAUUUGAUCUGUGGCAAGCUGUAAAUGGAGCUCUCUGUUUUGCUGUGAAUAACCCUCAAAAUGAAGAAAACCAAACUAUAUGUUCCAUGCUGUUUCCUGUCAGCUUGAAAAUUUUGAAACAUGAAACUAACUACAAUGUUCUUAGGGCUGUGUCAACCUUUUUAGCAUUGACAGUAUCUGCAAAUAUGCAGAACCAAGAGAUACUAGUUGAAUAUGGAGCUCUGGCAGUUAUAAAGGAUUGUCUCCAGAACUUUAUUCAUUGUGUAGUAACCUCUCAUUGUAAUCAGGGUUUACAAGUUGGGCCAAUCUCAGCUGCAAUUGGAGUAAUGAAUGUAUUGGAUGGAAUUGUGACUGAUCAUGAAAAUAAUGGUGAGACUGCAGGCCAGAUGGGACUAGUAUCUGAACUGUUGUCAUAUCUAACUCUAGAUAUCAAAGAUGCUGAAUUAAAAGUAAAGAUUAUUGUUACUCUUGGACAUUGUGUUGACCUCUGUGAAACGUACCAAAGAGAAAUUAUUCAGGAAGAUGCUCUUAGAAAUCUUCUCAGAACAGGUCUAGAAACCAAGAAUAAGGACUUACAAGCAGCAACAUAUUAUUUGCUCAAAGUCUGUCUGAAACUUGACAUUUCAAAAGAGCAAGAGGGCUGUAACUUUUCACAGUUCAGGAAAGCCUUUGAAGAGAGAAUUAAAGAAGAAACAUGUGCAACCAAUAGUGUUGAUGUGGAGUCUAAGUUUAUUCAAAGACUUAUUGCUACAAGAAAUGAUCAUGAAAGAAGAGGCAAUGCAGAAACAUGUAAAAUGGAGGAUUUUGAAACUGACACUUCUAAGAAAGAAAAUCCACUGAGAAAAUUUGUACAUGAAACAUUGCUUUCGUUCAAUACUGGCCCAAAGAAUGGGCAAAGCAGAAAAAAUGAAAAUACCCUAGAAAAAACGUUUCAGAUAAAUUCUAAGAAUAAAACUAGUUGUUUUGUCCCUGAAGAUUUGUUAACACACUACAAAGUAACAGGACCGUUUCAUCUUCAGCCUUUGUUACAAUCUAAUAAUAGAUUUAAUCAACACUAUGAACUUAUGCAACAAGAAAACAAUAAUAUUAAGAGCAAGAAUUGUUUUUCAGAAUCACAGAUCUCUUGUUGUCAUUUAGAAAGUAAAUUUCAUUUACCAGUUGGAGCAGUUGGAGAACACAGAGUUCUAAUACCACAAGGUAAUGACAAGGUGUUUUAUAAGCCUAGCUUUUUAAAAGAUAUAAAUGGAAAAGAAAACAUGCACUGUGAAGAAAAGAAUCUAAGUGAUCAGAAUGUUAAGUCUGUUAAUGAAGAAACACUUCAACAAAAGAAUAAUCAGAGUAGUGAAAAACAAUGCAUAUAUCACUCUGGAGAAAACAAUGUACGUGAUAUUCCUAGUAGUUUGAGUCGAUUUAUCCAACCACUGAUUUCAGGUUGUGAAAUGUGUACAGAAAAACUGAUUUUUAAUAAUGAUUGCAAAGUUACUUCUACUCAGCAUCAAAAAGAAUCAAAAGAAUUUCAAAAUAUAUGUGCAAUUAAAAAUUUACCAAUUAAAGAAAAAUGUUUUAUUUCUUGUAAAUUUCAAGAGCAAAAUAUAAUGAGUGAUGAAAGUGGAUGUAAACAUUGCUAUCAAAGUCAAUGGUUUGAAGAUACCAAAAACAAUAGUACAGAAAAGCAGAUAACAGACAACAUAAGUAAAACAAAGAAGCAUCCAGAAGAGAAAGGCAGCAUCCCUUUGGAAGCUUGUAACUGUUUUUGUUGCCACAAAGAAGGAGAGAAAGGUUUACUUACUGUGAAUCAGCAGAAUGAUGAAACAUGUGGGAGCUUGAAUAAUGUUCAUCGACAGGUUAAGAAUAGAAGUGGAAACAUGGAAAUUGCAUAUCAACAUUAUAAACAGAACCAUGAAAGUCUGGGAAAUUACAAAGAGGAGAAUAGGCAACUUAUUAGAAACCUGUACAUUGAUGAUGAGCAGGAUAGACAAAGAUAUAAUAGUUUAGAAACAUUAAGUUGCAAGCUUAAAAGUGGCCAAAAGAGGCUGGAAACUGUAGUGCAGCAGGCUGUAAAGGAGAAUUCAAUAGUAAGUCAGCACAUUAAGGAAGACCGUGAAAAGCUGGAAAGUGUGGAACAGCAAAAUAGACAAAAUAAUAACUUGGGUAUUUUGCAACAGAAGGAUAAGAAGACAGAUGAAAUAUUAGCUAAAAACAAUGAAAGUUUGAAUUUGUGGAGUCAUCAAGACAGCAAGGAAAACCAAAACUGGUUUACAAAGAAUGAAAAAAAUUGUCAAUUCUUAACAGCAAACUCUGAAACCAACAAACAUGUUUCAAUAUGUAACAGUGUGAGAAUGGAUCCCAUAAAGUUUCAGUGUAAAAUUGGGGAAGAAAAAAUGGAGGGAACAUUGCUUCAUUCACAAAAUGUCAUAGCUUGCAACUGUCCACUGUGUUGUUCUUGCUUAAGUCCUAUUGGUUCAAGAUUAGAAUGGCCAUCUUUAGUAUCGCAGAGUAGAGAAAAUCCAAAGCAUUCAUUAAAUCAAAGCCAGGUUCAGAAACUACCACAAGAAGCUCUUCCAGUCAGAAGCCCAAUUAGCCAGAAUCAUUUGCUUCAGGUAAAAAGAAAGCUAUUUAAGUCAGAUACACUGUCUUCAGUUCUAGAAACUUCUGUCCCAGAAACAGGUAGACACUGUAAAAACAUUAGUGGUUUAAAGAAUGAAGAUGGUCAACAUGAUGAGAGACAGGUUUUUACUAGACAUCGAGACAUUUAUUCAUCUUCUUUUACAAAUAACCAUUCUAAUAUAAAUAAUUCAUGUCCUGUUGUUUCAGAAAUCUCAGAUUUGCUAUACUCACAGUCUAAAAUAAAAAAUGACAUAGAAAAACACAUUUUACCAUCCGGUAAUAUAAUGACAUUUCCUAAAUCCGGAACUGUACGACAUGAUCAUAAUAAGAAAGAUCUAAGUGAAGGUUUUUUUAAAGUCCCCAGAGUACCCCAACGUAAGACUUCAUUAGUUAGAGAUAAUGCAUCUUCGGUAUUCAGUGAUGUACUGUCUGAGUGUGACUUUGGUAUAUUGAAACAAGUUGACCAACGGCAUGUGUGUAAUCAUUCUGUAAAUAAGCAACCCCCAUCUUCAACUGGGACAUCUCCGUUUCUUGAAAAAAAGACUUUUGGUUUAUCAAGCACAAAAUAUGACUAUGAAACACAACAUAAAAGAAAGUCCUGGAGUUCUGAUAAAAGUCUUUCAUCAGUGGCAUCUUGUAGUUGGGUGUCAGAUAGGUUGGAAAAGCAGCCAUUUUCUGAUGACUUGAGAAGUGUUCCAAAAAGAAGAAUGAAUACUUGGAAAAAAGGAACAAAAUGCCCAGGAUGUGUUGCACCAGCAGUUGCUGAGUCUUCCCUCUUAACCAGUAGGAAUUAUGCGUUAGCCUUGGAAACUUUUCCUUUUACUUGCAAUUUUCACUAUAAACUGAGGAUAGCAGAGAGAAAAUAUGUUAAGAGAAGAUGUAGGAACAGAUUCUUCCAAAAGGAAAUAUCUACAAAACCGACCAGUGGUAAAACAUCUCAGUUCAAUAAGGAAAAUAGAAGGAAAAGAGACUUGUACAGCUUUACUGAGAGUGAAAAUAAUGAAAUGAAUUCAUCCACUAGUUCUGAGAGUUUCCAAGCUUUAGCUCCCUCAAAACGUCCUAGAAGGACCCGUGUUCCAUUUUCAGAAGACGAGGAAAAGUUCAUUGAAGAGGGUGCUGUUAAGCUAAACAAAAACUGGAAGUAUAUUUUGUGGACUUAUGAUUUUCAUCCUUCUCGUACACCAGUAGAUCUCUAUGACAAAUAUAGAAGAAUGAAGAAGAAACAGUCCAUGUUUAACUAAGAAAUAGAAGAUGAAGUAGCAAGUAACUCAAAAGUAGGUCAUCCUUUGAAAAAGGAGAACUUACCAUUGUCCAUGUGUGAGCAAAGAAGGUUAAAGCAUGGAGUUCACAAGUUUGGCUAUAAUUGGAAACUCAUUCUUUCAUCCUACAAGUUCAUCCACCAGAGAACAGCCAGUGAGUUACGGGAACGGUGGAGGAAAUUGUGUAAGAGAGAAAAAGUAGCUUAAAGUUAUCUCUUGUAAACUUUUUCUUACACUUACCUGUACCAAUGUAAAAAAAAAAAAGUUUUUCAAUUAACGUCUAUUUGCCAACUUUGAAUUUUAUUGACAUGAGAUUGCAUAAUUGCUUCAAAAAUGAAAAAUCAGUUAGUACUGAAACUUUCAAAUAUUACUUUUAUUUAAAGUGAAAUCAAAUUAAUUUAUUUUGUUUUUACAUAACAAGAGGGUUAAUUUCUUGAAUUAUAUUCUUGUUGAAUAUUUUAUAGAUUUUUUUUCCACUUCCCUGUGAUAUACAAGUUUAUUUAAAUUUAAUAUUCAAUUUUUAAAAAGUCAUGUUUACUUGAUCUCGAAGAACAAUGAAAUACAUUGAUGUGGUAAAAACUUUUACACUAUUUAAAACAAAGUAUGACUGUAAUCAUUGGCAUUCAAUAUGUUCUGACACAAUAAAGAAUAAUCCAAUUUAAA